GGCUCGGCGCUCCCGCAGCUGCCCUCCCUUUGCCGCGGAGGACUCGCCCAGGCGCUAUCCGAGUGGAGGUUGGGAGCAUUUGCAGCAGAAUUUUUGGCUUUCCCUCCCCCUCCAUACGUUCCCCCCUCCUCCUUUUUCAAUUUUUCUUCUUCCCGGGAAGUGAAUUGCUGAUGCCAAGGGGACUUUAUUCAUUAAUGAUGCAACUGGAUUCGUUUCAGGAUUAUGUUGCACGAAUUGAAUUUUGAAUGAAGGAGUUUUUUUUUUUCUUUUUUUGAAAGGAGUGUUGACUCUUUAGUUCGUUGUACUUUUAAUUAUUAUUUUAUUUAAAUAUACAAUUUAAUUGUAUUAUUCACUUAAAAUAUUAAAUCUAUAUUUUAUGGAAACUUACCCUCAAGAUAUAUAUGUUUAUGGGUGAAAUUGAAGACGCUUCCGUUAAGUGAGGUGACUGGUGUAUUGGAUGUUUAAUUCAGCACCGGCAUUGCAUGACAGUUGUUGAAAUAACAAGUGGUUUAUUUUUAAAAACCACAUCUUUAAACUUUUAGGUUCAGAUAGUAACAGUAGACAUCGUAAGGGCAUUUAAGAGAAAACCAGCAGAAAUCGAAGCAAACAUGUCCGGAGAAGUGCGUUUGAGGCAGUUGGAGCAGUUUAUUUUAGAUGGGCCAGCUCAGACCAAUGGGCAGUGCUUCAGUGUGGAGACGUUACUGGACAUACUCAUCUGUCUUUACGAUGAAUGCAAUAAUUCUCCAUUGAGAAGAGAGAAGAACAUUCUUGAAUAUCUAGAAUGGGCUAAACCAUUUACUUCUAAAGUGAAGCAAAUGCGAUUACAUAGAGAAGACUUUGAAAUAUUAAAGGUGAUUGGUCGAGGAGCUUUUGGGGAGGAAAACCUUUAACUUACGCCCUGGGUGUUACCUGUCCACAGCUUCCUGGUGGCUCACCGCUUCUGCCUGCUCCAGCCUUGCUCCGGCAGCUUCCAGGCUUCUGGGCUUCAGAGCUUGUUGUGAAAGCUUGCUGCUUUGGCGUGCUACCCCUGCUUCAGGUUGCUGUAGUUAAACUAAAAAAUGCAGAUAAAGUAUUUGCCAUGAAAAUUCUGAACAAGUGGGAAAUGCUGAAAAGAGCUGAGACAGCAUGCUUUCGUGAAGAGAGGGAUGUGUUGGUAAAUGGAGACAGUAAGUGGAUAACCACUCUGCACUAUGCUUUUCAGGAUGACAAUAACUUAUACCUGGUUAUGGAUUAUUAUGUUGGUGGGGAUUUACUUACUCUGCUCAGCAAAUUUGAAGAUAGAUUGCCUGAAGAGAUGGCUCGGUUUUACUUGGCUGAGAUGGUCAUAGCCAUUGACUCAGUUCACCAGCUCCACUAUGUUCACAGAGACAUCAAACCUGACAAUAUAUUGAUGGAUAUGAAUGGACAUAUUCGUUUAGCAGAUUUUGGUUCUUGUCUGAAGCUGAUGGAAGAUGGAACGGUCCAGUCCUCGGUGGCAGUUGGAACUCCAGAUUAUAUUUCUCCGGAAAUCCUUCAGGCUAUGGAAGACGGAAAAGGCAGAUAUGGACCAGAAUGUGACUGGUGGUCUCUGGGGGUCUGUAUGUAUGAGAUGCUUUAUGGAGAAACACCAUUCUAUGCAGAAUCUUUGGUGGAGACAUAUGGAAAAAUUAUGAAUCACAAAGAGAGGUUUCAGUUUCCAGCCCAAGUGACAGAUGUGUCAGAAAAUGCUAAAGAUCUUAUUCGAAGACUCAUUUGUAGCAGAGAACACCGACUUGGCCAAAAUGGAAUAGAAGACUUUAAGAAACAUCCAUUUUUCAGUGGAAUUGAUUGGGAUAAUAUUCGAAAUUGUGAAGCACCUUACAUCCCAGAAGUUAGUAGCCCAACAGAUACAUCAAAUUUUGAUGUGGAUGAUGACUGUUUAAAAAAUUCUGAAACAAUGCCCCCACCAACACAUACUGCAUUUUCUGGCCAUCAUCUACCAUUUGUUGGUUUUACAUAUACUAGUAGCUGUGUUCUUUCUGAUCGGAGCUGUUUAAGAGUCACAGCAGGUCCCACCUCACUGGAUCUUGAUGUCAAUGUCCAGAGGACUCUAGAUAAUAACUUAGCAACUGAAGCUUACGAAAGAAGAAUUAAGCGGCUUGAGCAGGAAAAGCUUGAACUUACUAGAAAACUUCAAGAGUCAACACAGACUGUUCAAGCUCUGCAAUAUUCAACUGUUGAUGGUCCACUAACGGCAAGCAAAGAUUUAGAAAUUAAAAAUCUGAAAGAAGAGAUUGAAAAACUAAGGAAACAAGUAGCAGAAGUGAAUCAUUUGGAACAACAACUUGAAGAAGCUAAUUCUGUGAGACGAGAACUAGAUGAUGCUUUUAGGCAAAUCAAAGCUUUUGAAAAACAAAUCAAAACUUUGCAGCAGGAAAGAGAAGAACUAAAUAAGCUGGAAGUUCACACCGAAGCUCUAAUUGCUGAAGCAUCAAAGGACAGGAAGCUCCGAGAGCAGAGUGAACAUUAUUCUAAGCAACUGGAAAAUGAAUUGGAGGGACUGAAGCAAAAACAAAUUAGUUACUCACCAGGAAUAUGCAGCAUAGAACAUCAGCAAGAGAUAACUAAACUGAAAACUGACUUGGAAAAGAAAAGUAUCUUUUAUGAAGAAGAAAUUUCUAAAAGAGAAGGAAUUCACGCAAGUGAGAUUAAAAAUCUGAAGAAGGAGCUGCAUGAUUCAGAAGGCCAGCAACUUGCUCUCAACAAAGAAAUUAUGGUUUUAAAAGACAAAUUGGAAAAAACCAGGAGAGAAAGUCAAAGUGAAAGGGAAGAAUUUGAAAAUGAGUUCAAACAACAAUAUGAACGGGAAAAAGUAUUAUUAACAGAAGAGAAUAAAAAGUUAACGAGUGAACUCGAUAAGCUAACUUCGCUGUAUGAGAACUUAAGUUUGCGCAACCAGCACUUAGAAGAAGAAGUCAAAGAUCUAGCAGAUAAGAAGGAAUCGGUUGCCCACUGGGAAGCCCAGAUCACAGAGAUAAUUCAGUGGGUGAGCGAUGAGAAGGAUGCACGAGGCUAUCUUCAGGCCUUAGCUUCUAAAAUGACUGAAGAAUUGGAAGCAUUAAGAAAUUCCAGCUUGGGGACACGAGCAACAGAUAUGCCCUGGAAAAUGCGUCGUUUUGCAAAACUGGACAUGUCGGCUAGACUAGAGUUGCAGUCUGCUCUGGAUGCAGAAAUAAGAGCUAAGCAGGCCAUCCAGGAAGAGCUGAAUAAAGUCAAAGCAUCUAACAUCAUAACAGAAUGUAAACUGAAAGAUUCAGAGAAGAAGAACUUGGAACUGUUGUCCGAAAUUGAGCAGCUGAUAAAGGACACUGAAGAGCUUAGAUCUGAAAAGGGUAUAGAGCACCAAGACUCACAGCAUUCUUUCUUGGCAUUUUUGAAUACGCCUACCGAUGCUCUGGACCAAUUUGAAGAUUCUCUUUCUUCUUCUUCAUCCUCACUGAUUGAUUUUUUGGAUGACCACUCUCCGUCCUGUACUCCAGCUAGCAAAGGCAGACGUAUUGCAGACUGUGCUCCACUUCCAGCUCACACACCAACCCUAAGGAAAAAGGGGUGCCCAGCUUCAACUGGUUUUCCACCUAAGCGCAAGACUCAUCAGUUUUUCGUGAAGUCUUUCACCGCCCCUACCAAGUGUCAUCAGUGUACCUCCUUGAUGGUUGGUUUAAUAAGACAGGGCUGUUCCUGUGAAGUCUGUGGGUUCUCAUGUCAUAUAACUUGUGUGAACAAAGCUCCAACGGUUUGCCCAGUUCCUCCUGAGCAAACUAAAGGUCCACUGGGCAUAGACCCCCAGAAGGGAGUCGGGACAGCGUAUGAGGGUCAUGUCAGGAUCCCUAAGCCAGCGGGAGUGAAGAAAGGGUGGCAGAGAGCUCUGGCUGUAGUCUGUGACUUCAAACUGUUUCUUUAUGAUAUCGCGGAGGGAAAAGCAUCGCAGCCCAGCUCCGUCAUUAGUCAAGUGAUUGACAUGAGAGAUGAAGAAUUUUCUGUGAGUUCAGUCUUGGCUUCUGAUGUUAUUCAUGCAAGUCGAAAAGAUAUUCCCUGUAUAUUCAGAGUCACAGCUUCCCAGCUCUCAGCACCUAGUAACAAAUGUUCCAUCCUGAUGCUAGCAGACAGCGAGAAUGAGAGGAGUAAGUGGGUGGGAGUGCUGAGUGAACUCCACAAGAUUCUGAAGAAAAACAAGUUCAGAGACCGCUCAGUGUAUGUUCCCAAGGAGGCUUACGACAGCACUCUACCCCUCAUUAAAACAACGCAGGCCGCUGCAAUCAUAGAUCAUGAACGGAUAGCUUUGGGAAAUGAAGAAGGAUUAUUUGUUGUGCAUGUCACCAAAGAUGAGAUUAUUAGAGUUGGUGAUAAUAAGAAAAUCCAUCAGAUUGAACUCAUUCCGAGUGACCAGCUUGUUGCCGUGAUCUCAGGCCGAAAUCGCCACGUCCGACUUUUUCCUAUGUCAGCUUUGGAUGGGCGAGAGACAGAUUUUUAUAAACUGGCAGAGACUAAAGGGUGUCAGACCAUAGCUGCUGGGAAGGUGCGCCACGGAGCUCUGUCCUGCCUCUGUGUGGCCAUGAAGAGACAAGUCCUCUGCUAUGAAUUGUUCCAAAGCAAGACCAGGCACAGGAAGUUUAAGGAGAUUCAAGUCCCAUGUAAUGUCCAGUGGAUGGCCAUCUUCAGUGAACAUCUCUGUGUGGGAUUCCAGUCAGGAUUUCUCAGAUACCCCCUGAAUGGAGAAGGAGGUCCAUGCAAUAUGCUCCAUUCAAAUGACCAUACACUGUCAUUCAUUACACACCAACCAAUGGAUGCUCUCUGUGCAGUUGAGAUCUCCAACAAAGAGUAUUUGCUGUGUUUUAACAGCAUUGGGAUAUACACAGACUGCCAGGGCCGAAGAUCUAGACAGCAGGAACUGAUGUGGCCAGCAAAUCCUUCCUCCUGUUGUUACAAUGCACCGUAUCUCUCUGUUUAUAGUGAAAACGCAGUUGAUAUCUUCGAUGUAAACUCCAUGGAAUGGAUACAGACUCUUCCUCUCAAAAAGGUCCGACCUUUAAACACUGAAGGAUCAUUAAAUCUCUUAGGAUUGGAGACUAUUAGAUUAAUAUAUUUCAAAAAUAAGAUGGCAGAAGGGGAUGAACUUGUGGUUCCUGAAACAUCAGAUAAUAGUCGGAAACAAAUGGUUAGAAAUAUCAACAACAAACGGCGUUACUCCUUCCGAGUCCCUGAAGAAGAGAGGAUGCAACAGAGGAGGGAGAUGCUACGAGAUCCAGAAAUGAGAAAUAAAUUAAUUUCUAACCCAACUAAUUUUAACCACAUAGCACACAUGGGUCCUGGAGAUGGAAUACAGAUCCUAAAAGACCUGCCCAUGCCAGGUUUCCCUUAUUCACCCCCUCAUCACCACUCCGGCCUGAUCUCCUCUCCGAGCAACUUUGAGCACAUCUAUCACAUGACUGUCAAUUCUGCUGAACAGUUUCUCUCUCCUGAUUCCAUAAACCCUGGGUACUCCCCGUCCCUGCGCUCUGCCCCUGGUACACCACACUCUGUGACUCUGAGGAACCCACGGCCUCAGGAGAGCCGGGCAGUAUUCAGUGGCUCCGUCAGUGUUCCCUCCAUCACCAAGUCCCGCCCUGAGCCAGGCCGCUCCAUGAGUGCCAGCAGCGGCCUGUCUGCACGGUCGUCAGCCCAGAAUGGCAGUGCACUAAAGAGGGAAUUCUCCGGAGGAAGCUAUAACACAAAGCGACAGCCUAUGCCCUCUCCCUCGGAGGGCUCUUUGUCAUCAGGAGGCAUGGACCAAGGAAGUGACGCCCCUGCGAGGGACUAUGAUGGAGAGGACUCUGAUUCUCCGAGGCAUUCCACAGCUUCCAACAGCUCUAACCUGAGCAGCCCCCCGAGCCCAAUUUCACCCCAAAAGACCAAGAGCCUUUCCCUGGAGAGCACAGACCGUGGGAGCUGGGAUCCAUGAGCCCAGGACCGAUGACUGCAGGCAGGGACUCUGCACUCCCACUCCGACAACGUGCCUGGCAGCGGCCUUGCCUCCUGCACUGUUGCAAUGAGGAUUCCUCGGCAGCCAGGCCCGCUUCACCCCCCCCCCAACCCCCAGGUAGCUUCUGUAGACAGACUGCGCAGACGCAGCGCUAAGAGUAGACCGGUUGUGUUCUCACCGUAGCCCUCACGUAGCGCCCAGCAGCCUCCAUGAGCGUAAGCCAACUGUUGCCAGGAAGUAAACCCUCACGAAUUAAAACAAUGCAUAUUUUACUACAAUACAGAGUUUAAAUAAAUACAUAGAUGUAGAAGUUAAAUACUGAAUGUAAAUAGUCAAAGAAGCAUCUUGUGUUUGAUGAAAGAUGGAUGCGUAUAUAAGAAAGAUCAUUUAAUUUAAAGAGAUGUGUUGUUUCUUGUCUGUUUCCCAGCUGUGUCAUAUACAGGGUAGAGAGGCCUCAAGUGACAUUGUAAAGAGAUCAGAAGUCAGGUCCCCAUGAUGUCUCUUCUCAAGCCUAGGCAGGCCAAGGUCACAGGGAAAUCUAAGGAAUGUUUGGAGACUAGUGCCAUUGGUGGGAUAUGACCUGGACACCACCAGUGGUGUUGAAGCCACUCCAGAGGCACACUUGCCUCCCGAGGCAUUUUUCCUCUAGUUCUCAGUUAGACCAUGUCCCCCACUUACUAUAUUUUGGUAUCUCGCACAGAUGAAUGUGAGACAGCUCUGCCACCUUCCAGUCCUUCCGUCAUAACGGAAUUCAUGGCUAACCUGUCCCCUCUAGGUUGCAGUGUGGAGUCUCUGGACCGAGCACGACUUCCCUGUUGGCUAAGGGUAGUUACACACACUGCUGGGGACAGGUCUCCGACUAAAUCACAGAACCCUCAGAAGCAUAGGCCUGAACAGCCUUGGCCAAAUAUGCCUUCCCACGUGAGGGGACGGUGGGGCUGGCGGUGUGCUGGCACCGCUUCCCCUCUGGAUAUCUACUGCUGCACUUGUCCCAGGAAGCACGAGGAGACCAGGAGUCCUCUACUCAAACUAAGAACUCAGCUAAGUACACAGGAGGGGAAAGAUGGAAACUAGUGCCCAUGCGUGGUGUAAAGAGGCCCUGCCUCUCUUCAUCCUCUCCUCACCCUUUCUCCCCACUUUAAGCCACAUCUAAAAUAGAUUUCCAAAGUUGCUAACCUACCCAGCAUGCUGACCUUUACAUAGCAUGCUGCCAGGCCCCGUGGGUCAGACUCCCCUGUCACGAGGCUUUAUGGGGGGGGUGGGGGGCGGUUAAGAAAGAGAGUUGAUGGAGGGGAGAUGGGAACAGAAGCACGUGGGCUGGGGUCUUUGUAAGCAGCAGCUUUGACAGACACUCUGGAGUCUCCAGCUCCAACGUGAGCACGUUUUCUUUGGGGCGGGCACUGUGUCACUCUAUAUCCUUUUGGAAACGGAUCAUACAAAAAUAACUUGUGUACACCCCAAAACAAGGGUCAGAUCUUUAGUUUGGCCAGAGCCCUGUUACAUCUGCUUCAACUUGGCACUUUGCUUGAAGAGCUGCCUCCUCUCCCCUCCCUCCAUCCCCUCCCUCCAUCCCCUCCCUCUUCUUUCUCCUUCCCCCAGCAGAAACCUGACAAGGCUGAGGCACACUGAGCUCUGCCCUGAGCCUUUGGUUUGUAGCUUUGACAACCAGUUGUGAAGUUUUGUUGCCUACAGGUGCUUGUUUUUAAAAGAACCCUUAGAAUUAGUCUAAACCUCUACAUCCCCUAAAAUCCGGCUCCAUACAGUGACUUCCACCCCAGCUCUGCCCCAAGGAGCCCUGUGGAUUUGGUGGAUUUUCCACUGAUGUCAAAGAACCAGCCAUCCUAACAGCAGCCCUGCUAGCCCAGAAUACGGGGUGGGGUUCCAAAAAAUGACUGUCUUACCAGAUCCAUCCAGCCUUGUGUGAAGAGUAUUCCUGUCAGAAGCUGUGGGAAAGGAUGGAGAAAGAUGACUAAUAGGUUUCCAGGAGACAGAAACAUAGAUUCCUCAGAGCAGUCAAUAACAAAGAUUAGAGGCAAGGCUUAGGUUUAAGCCUUUCUUGAGAUCACUCUCCCUACCCCAUGGAAGGUAUUUGAAAGUUUGUGACAUCGGGAAUUUAUCCAGAAAUGGAAAAAAAAUAAAUAAGAGACAUUUCUGAUAUUGUGUCUAUGGGUUAGUACUUGGUGCUAUGUCCAGCCUGUAUGCUAUUUAUUUACCCUUUGAAUUCUGGCUUAUCUGUUAUGUGAGUUUUGGAUGGGUAUACAAAAUAUAUUACAGGGUUUCAUUUUGGGUUUGCCAAAAACAAAAGCCUUCCUAUCAAAGAUUGCUAAAGCAGAUCAUAUAUAUAUAUGAUUUUUAAAAUAUGUGUACAUACUCCUUGUGCUUAGCCAUUUGUGUUCUUUCCCAGUGAGCAGCUUUAAGACGGGAAUAACUGCAAAUGUCCCGUUAGGCUUUCCACUGAAUUCCUAUAGCCAGGCUUAGAGAAAGCAUCUGGAAUUCCCAUCAUUCCCACCAGCCCUUCCUCAGCUACUCCUCUUUCAUGUUAAAAUCCUGUCAUUUUGUUAACUUAGUGGCCAUGUUUAUUUCCAGGCAAGUUCAGCUGCCUUGUGUGGGUCCUCAGGUGUCAUUAAAGAGAAGCCAGAGCAGACGGGCAGCCUCCGUUCCCAGUGCCGCAGCCCACAUGCAACCUUGGCAGCCACCACCACAAAUUCAAUUCUCCCAGCACAGCAGAUCUAGCUGCCGCCCACCCAGCCCACCCCCCACUACAGGUGCACUUAAAACAGCUGACACCCUGCUGUAGGUCCUACUCUGCCAUAGCCUAAGGCCAUUGUCCCCUUCCAGUCCCACCUGGCCCCACUGCAUAGCAUUUUCCUGUACCCUUGGAGUGGCUCCUACUUGUUGGAACCUUCAGUCUUCACAAAUCCAGUUCCUUUCGGAGCCUGCUGCAGUGAGUGUGUCUCCGGCCAGCUCCAGCAUCAUAUUCUCCCGUUCAGGGACAGCAUCACACAGAGCCCUACUUCAGUUUUAGGAGACUGACUGCCCUAAGUCAGCCUUGAUGCCAUUGAAAACAAAAUGACCUUAUUUGAUAGAAUAACAGCAUUUAUUUUAUAAUGUUUUAGGGUUUUUCUCAUUGUACUAUUAUUGUACAGUCUUGCAUGGCCUCAGUGUAGUCAUUUUGUUCAGAAGAUAAUGACAACCAGUGUGUGUGUGGAAGGGGAGGUACUGCUUUGGCCUCUUAGCACUCACUUGGUUUGGUUUUGUCCCUAGAUGUCCUAGGGGAUUUCUUGACAGUAUCUGCUACCAAACUAUGACAUGGAUUCUUUUGCACAGAACUAUUUAAGGUGGGGUGGUCAAAAAUGUAACAAGGGAUUUCUCACCAAUAUUUUAUGUUGGUAUCACCUAAUUAACCAGACUUUGAUGUACUGCAAUAAAAUAAGGAACUGU